GGAAUAAUUGUAGCCUACGGUAUUCUGUUGAACAGGCUAUUACGGUUCUGUCAGUGCUGGUAUCAUCAACGAUGUGUGCAGUUGUGAGGGAUGCCCAGGGCUUCGGAUCCACUCUGAAGCUCACUCAACAGCAGAAGGGAGCCAACUAUGCAUAUGCCAUACCGGAUCACAGAUUGGGUAUGAUCCCCGCAAUUCACCAGAUUCCAGAAGCUGGCCUACAAUCUGAGUAUGUAUAUUUUGAACCACCAAGACACACCUCUCACGUUUACAAGCAAUCAUACUCACAUCCACAAAGCAAGUUGCAAAUAAUAAGCAUACAAGAAAUUCCACUAGAAUCAAGUGUGGCUAAGACAUCGUCCAAGAUAAGAGAGAGACUCUCUUUAUUGGGUAUGAUUGAUAGAGAGCACUACAUGCCAAUGGCAAGGCCUUCAAUUCAUAGUGAAGGGUGGGAGAGGUACUAUCAACAACAUGUUAGGAAAAGUUCUGAGGAGAAGCUUAAACAUUCACAAGAAACUAACAUAGAGGAUGUAUCAGCAAAUUUAUUCAGACUGGCAAAUAGCUCUCAAAAAGUGGAAGAAGACCUGGAUAGUGGAUAUGUAUCGGAAGCAGGAAAUUACUAUGGAGAAAUGGACUAUAAUGAAGAUUCAGAUCGUGUCAAGCCAUUGAAAGCAACUGGAGAGAUGAUUCCAGGGUGGAAUGGUCAGGUUUAUGGGAAUCUGGGAAGACCAUUUGCAGGAAUGAUCGCUCCAUCAUCAGGGAGCAUCAACAGUCAGGCAUUGGAUGCAAAUAAGGAACUGGAUUAUUUGAAUAGGGGUGGUAUAAAUGGUGAUUUGUCAGCAGAAGCUGGAUUUGAAGAUACAAUGGGAAGGAUAGCUGGUGGCAAAGAUGUUCCAGAAGCUGAAGGUGACUCCGAUGAAGGGUUGAAAGUGAAGAGUUUGGAGAGUAUUCUGAAGUUGAUAGGAGGUGGGAAACCACAUGCUUGGGUGAAAACAGCUGAGGCUGCUCCGGUGAGAGUGGAGUCUACCGAUUACCGGACAAACUUCUCCGAGGAAAUGUGUUCCCUGUGGCCCGAAAACUUGCAAUGGUCAGCAAAAGCAGUGAGAGCAUCAUUGUUGGUGGCACAGGAUAUGGGUGACGUGAAGACGUUUGCCAAGUCCAAGUUCCUCGGACUGCAUGUGGAGAAUAUCACCGAGACAGCGAAGGAGGCGUCGUUCCACAUCGUGUUGGCGAUUGAUCUGAGGGGUGCACCGGUGACCAGGGCGGUGAGAUCGGCUCAGAAGGCGGUGGGGGCAGCUGUGGCGGGGUCGGAGGCGGCACUUCGGGUGGCAACGGAGUAUGCCACCAGCCCAGGGGCAAGGUUCGCUCAGCUGGUGCUCAAAGCUGCUCAGCGGGCCGAUGAUGCGGCUCAAAUCGCCAAGGACAUCAUCAGAAAUAUCAACAUCAAUGAUUAAUCCAAGAGAUUCUCGAAAUUUCCAUCAGGAGGAUUUUGCUCCAACAAAGAAUUAAUUUUUUUGUUUAUUACAUUUUAAAUCACAUUUUUUUGAAUCGUGUAAUUAGGAAAUCAUCAAGAAUAAAAUACCGUCCUCUAUGAAUAAUCAAACAUUUCAACGAGAUUUCAGAAGUGUGUUUCAAAUGAACUUCUAACAAACAGACAAUCAAGAGACAAAGAGUAGAAUAAUAUUCUGUGAAUAGCUUAUAAUGCUGUGAGAAUUGCUAAAGAAAUCAUAAAAGCCUCAAAAUAAUUCUUUUUUUAGGAAUCCAAGUUCCAAAAUUGUAGAAAUAGUACAAAUAAAUGUUUAGUAGAAAUAGCAUUGAAAAUGGAAUUCUUACUUGAAUGAAUUCAAAAUAAAAAUCAUGAUUAAAUUGAAGAUUGGCAGCCUAUUUAUAAUUUCCAUUUUGGGUCCGUCUAUCAACUUUCUAACUUACACAAUGAAGUAUACAAUCAGAAUAUGCAUGUAUUACUACAGUCUCUUU